CAAAUCCACCACCCUCGGCUUACUUCUCUCUCCAUCAUGGUAUUUCUAAUGCACUAGGCUGCGGAAUAUCGUAGGCAGUAGAAUUUGAUGGCCGUGUCAGCGUCAGUGUGUGUCGUGUCAGGCAACAACAACCUGACUCCAAUACCCAUACCAUCCAUACUUGGCUAGAUAUUUUUUGACUUCACACUGAGAAGCGGAAGGCGGUGAUCCCGGAGCCCGGCGAAAUAUUCCACCGCUCGGUCGUGCGUUUGUCUGAUUGGCCAGGCUGCUUGAGCGUUUGAUGACCGCCAACGAUCACAAGUUGGUUGGGAUCAUUGAGCUGCAUCAUUCUCCCAAGUCACCCACUGUUGUCCCAGGGAGUUCCGGGGCCUAUCUCUCUUUGCCUCUUGUGCUUCCCUUGAUUGUUUCCUUUUCAAUGCAGCUUCUCUAAUUUUCUGCGCAGCGUUUGCCCCUCGCUGCCCUUUCAUGGGGCGUUUUCACUGAUACCAUAGUAGCACUCUACUCCACCGCCUCGUUCCAGUUAAACCUCCCCUUUCUUGAAGCCUGCGAUAUCGAGUCCCUCCCCACCAACUCCCAUUUUGUUUGUGGCCCUGGAUAGACCAAUCGACUAUUUACUAUGGCAAUGGCUGUACCGCCGGCUGGGACCUUCGCCCCGGGAACGAAGGUCCAAGUCGGAAGUCACCGUGUUGUCAUCGAGAAGUACCUCUCUGAGGGAGGGUUCGCGCACGUCUACGUUGUCCGCCUCCCGCAACCGAUCGAUGGCGCUGAAACUGCCGUACUGAAGAGAGUUGCAGUGCCGGACAAAGCCGCGUUGGCAAAUAUGCGGACCGAAGUCGAAACCAUGAAGAAGCUGAAGGGGCAUAAGCAUAUUGUCAAAUACUUUGACUCCCACGCGUCCCAGCUAAAGGGCGGUGGGUAUGAGGUUUUCCUUCUCAUGGAGUUCUGUGCUGGAGGCGGCUUGAUCGAUUUUAUGAAUACUCGGUUGCAAAAUCGCCUGACGGAGCCUGAGAUCUUGAAGAUUUUCAACGACGUCGCCGAGGGUACCGCUUGUAUGCACUACCUUAAACCGCCUUUGCUCCAUAGGGAUCUCAAAGUCGAAAAUGUCUUGAUAGCGCUGCAUGGGAAUUCGUUCAGCUACAAAUUAUGCGACUUCGGGUCGACGGCGCCGCCGCGUCCGGCUGCUACUACUGCUGCUGAAGGAAGGCUGAUAGAGGACGAUGUCCAGCGCCAUACCACCUUACAAUAUCGCAGCCCGGAGAUGAUUGACGUUUAUCGCAAACAACCAAUCGAUGAGAAGAGUGAUAUAUGGGCGCUGGGCGUCCUUCUGUACAAACUCUGUUAUUAUACUACUCCCUUCGAGGAGGUUGGGCAGAUGGCGAUCCUUAAUGCCAAAUUUAAAUUCCCUGCAUAUCCCCCUUUCUCCAACAGAUUAAAAUUGCUUAUAGCGUCUAUGCUCCGAGAGGACCCACAAAAGCGACCGAAUAUAUAUCAAGUACUACAGGAGGCAUGUCGCAUGCGAGGCAAAGAAGUGCCUAUCAAAGACAUUUACUCUGGGCGUUCACAUUCCGAGGCAAGGUGUUACCAAGAACUGCCACCAUCUCCUAACCAAACACCAAAAAUAGGGGCGACUUUUUCGCCGCCCAUACAGGAGACGCAGAUUAUUCCUGACAUUGCUCCUAUGAGGCGAGGGAGACCGACUAAAUCUACCUCGCAUCAAAAUUCAGCUAAGCCCAGCCCGUCACCUUUAAGGGCCACUUCAAAUGACCCGUUCGCUAUCCUCGAUGGGGGCAAAGUCCCCAACGGUGAUGAGCUCUCUUCCAGGUUCCCAACCUUGGACGAAUUUUCGCUCUUCCAUGAGCAAGGGUCCAAAUUUGAAUUUGAGCCGACAGUGACAGAGACCAAGACACCUACGGAAGAUCUUUCUAAGCGAAUAACCAAUGCUCUCGCCGAUGAGGCGUUUGCCAAAGCGAACCCGACGGCUGUACCACAAAUGACCCCGGCAAUAGGACCACAGUCCCAAUCUCUCGGCGAUAAACCGUUAGAGGAGAAGAUUUCGAUACCAUCUCCUGACUUACGCGCCGAAUUGACACGACAGCAAGCCACUCCACUACAUCAACCUAUUCCUCAAAAGCCGGUCAUGGUGUCUACUGGGACAAUGACAACUCCUUCCCCACGCUUGCGUCCAUCGGAUAGUCCACCUUUCUCUCAACGACCUGUACAUAAAUAUCCAAAUUCCUCAUUUGAAAGGCGACCUUCCGUCCAACAAUUGGAGAGUGACAAUGAAAAAGCCUCCGGCAGUCGUGAUGGCUAUACAUCACGAGGUGGAUUUUUCAAACGUGAAUCCAAACAGAAGCUUUCGUAUGAAGAUUUGCCAACAUCCCCCGUUUCUUCCAGACCGUCGCUAGAGGGAUCCCGACCUUCUACCCUUGAUAUCAGUGAUCCCACCACCCGUUCCAAAUCCGCAAACUCGAAGGCCCGACCUACCAGCGCUUUCGUUGGAUCCAGGCCGGACUACCUUCGUGAUGUUGAUACCCCAAGAGUAGCUUUCGAUUCCAGCUUCUCCCGGGUUGGAUACGAGGGAGGUGACGCCUUGCAUCACUCACAGUCUGAGACGGACCGUGACUAUGAGCGAGCAAACAUAUCGUCAGACAUUGACUUCUUACGUGCCAAAGAAGUAGAGGAAUCAAACCGAAAACGGGAGAAACGUGUCAGCAGCGGGCCAAAGCAUGUUAAACGUUCCAGUUUAUCGUCUAUAUCUCUAUCUGGAACUAAGAAUCUACUUGCUGGACGGUUUGGCGAUGCCUUCCGUCGUUUUGAGAGUAAUACAGCACAGGAAAGGACAAGCCGUACUCCGUCUCCUGACAAUAUGAAUGCACGUCUCACCCCAAUAACAGGCUCAGAAGUUACCGAAAUGAGCGAUGAUAUCCAUGAAACCAAUAACGAUGAUAUUUCACCAGAAAUGCGUCGUGAGCUGGAGCGACGACGUUUAUCACAGGAAGAGAAGCGGGUCGCAAAUGCUGCGGCUGAGUAUCGCCAACGGUUAGCUGAACGGGGGGAGGAUGGGGGACUCAGUGGGGGAAGGAUUGAAGGAAUAAGAUCAGCAUCAAUUCAGAGCAAGGUCCAGUCACUCCUCAAAGAAAACGAUAGACACCCAACGAUUAAAACUGCAACUGGAUAUGGACGAUACACUGAUACAGAAACUGCUUUGCAGGCGAAGCAGUUUGAACAACCCUCUCUCUCACCACGGCCCGUACCAUUCAACAUCCCCCGAAAACCCGUCGCAUUACAACAACAACAUACCCCCGAGCAACCUCCUCGACUGCUACCAAAGGACCCACGAUCGGUUCAACCGCUUCCUGUGUCUGUGCGACCCCAGCAGCCAACCCCAUCUGAGCCGUUUACAUCACGUGCCACUAUCACCGCCGCGGAUCAGAAACCCCCCGCACCUCCAAAACCACAGAAGCUGCGUACCGGCAACCGGCCUGAAAACCCCCCGUCGUCAACCACAGUUGCUAGGGACCGCAAGUCUUCCAUAGAGAUGAUCAAGCCAACAGGCCCAAAUGACAACUGGGAGGCGAAUUUCAGUAAAAGAUACCCAAGUUUGUCUGGUCUAGAGCUAGUGGAGACGGAAAUAGAUGUACCACCUCCUCGCGUCUCUACUAUGAGGACGAAGGAGGUGUAAAGCAAGGAACGAUGAUACCCUUUUUUUUUUUUUUUUUUUUUUUUUUUUUUUUUUUUUUUUUUUUUUUUUUAUUUUUUUUAAUGGAAUUAAUUAUUUUUCUCUUUCAUUCUUCUCAGAUAACUCUAUAUUUUCCUUCCUUCCAUUUCUAUAUUUUUCAUCCUGCCCCAACGCUAUUAUUGCGAUACCAGUGAAGAGCCUCUGAUCAACAAGGCCCAGUGCUUUUCUGCCCCCGUGUACCUACUGUUUAUUUUAUUGUUACAAUUCUUGAUCAUUUUGGUUUUACAAUAAUAGAAGCAGGAGCCAUAAAUAUCUCUAUUUUUUAUCUUCUUGGCCUCCACAUUUAAUUCCGAAUUUUAUUCGGCAUUCUCGAUUCUCAUCCCAACAGCAUUCUGACCCCUCUAUACUUUUGCGUAUCUUUUCACCCCUCUCCUCGCCGUCUUAUUCUACAUGUAUUUACUCGUAAAUAUUUCUUCCUCAAAGUUUACCCUAGGAUAUAGAUGUCUUCUCAGGCUUGUUUCCUCUUGAUUGUAUAAAACUAUUAAUUAUUCUACAUAUGCCCGCGGGCAAAUAUCAAUUUGGGCCGAAGGAUAGAUUUGAUUUCGUGUCAAAGGGCUCUGAUACCUUUAUUUAUUUAUUUUU